AAUUCGGUUCCAUAAGACACAGGAUGCUUCGCGGAUCACUUAAUUCACAAACUUUCAUCUCAUCCGCACGAUAAAUGAGCAUAACCAAACAUCCUUUGCAAACUCCGACCCUUUGGGUUAUGUCACUGCUACUGACAUCAUGACCGUCAAAAUUAACAUUUGUACUGUUUUUAUUUUGACGUGCUCAUUCGCGACGGAAAUCGUGGAUGUUGCGCCGGUUGGUCCUUUAUUUUGAAUUGGAAGGCGAGUUAAAUAAUGAGCUCUCAGUAGUGUUGAAGGCGUCGAGAGCCAGGGGUUUCAACAGCGACGUGCGUCUGAGUGGUCUGAGUGCGCCGGUGAACUAUGGCUGUCGUGAUCGAAACGACCCUGGGCGACCUGACGGUCGAUCUCUACACGACGGAGCGACCGCGGACGUGCCUCAACUUUCUGAAGCUAUGCAAGCUCAAGUACUACAACCUCGGCCUCUUCCACAGAGUCGAGCAAAACUUCAUCGCCCAAGCUGGCGACCCGAGCGGCACCGGCCGCGGCGGUGAGUCCAUGUUCGCCAAGCUGUACGGCGACCAAGCACGCUACUUCGAGAUGGAAAAGAAACCACGCCUGAAGCACCUCAAGCUGGGAACGCUGUCGAUGGUGGGCAGCGACGAUGGCCUCCACGGAUCGCAGUUUAUCAUCACGUUGGGAGAGAACUUGGACUCUCUCGACGGCCAGCACAGCGUCUUCGGCUGCGUUGCCGAGGGCUUCGAGACGCUCGAGCGAAUCAACGCGGCAGUGUGCGACGGCGAAGGCAGACCUUACCAGGACAUACGCAUCUGCCACACAGUGAUCCUGCACGACCCGUUUGACGACCCGGAGGGUCUCGAGCUCCCCGACGCGUCGCCCGAGCCGACGCUGGAGAUGCUUCGGAGCGACCGGAUCGGAGCGCACGAGGUGGUCGACGACACACAGGGGCGCAGCAUGGAGGAGAUCGAGGAAGAGAUCAAGACCAAGGAAGCCCGCGCACGAGCCACGGUGCUGGAGAUGAUCGGCGACCUGCCGGACGUCGAAGCCGCGCCGCCGGAGAACGUGCUCUUCGUCUGCAAGCUGAACCCGGUGACGACGGACGAGGACCUGGAGAUCAUCUUCAGCCGCUUCGGCCCCGUCAAGAGCUGCGAGGUCAUACGCGACCGCAAGACAGGCGACUCCCUGCAGUACGCCUUCAUCGAGUUCGAGCAGCGGGAGCACUGCGAGAACGCGUACUUCAAGAUGGACAACGUGCUCAUAGACGACCGGCGCAUCCACGUCGACUUCAGCCAGUCGGUGGCGAAGCUGCGCUGGAAAGGAAAAGGUCGAGGGGUGGAGUACAUCAAUGACGGGCGGGAUGGUAAGAGAGCCAAAGGUGCUCGUUACGAACUGAAAGAUACGGUACGACGUGGUGGUGCCGGGGGUCAGUAUGAUUUGGUGUGGAGUGACAGUGAGGAAGAUGGGGAAGGUGCCAAGCAAAAGGAACGAAGCGAGCGUAGCCAGAAGGACGGAAAGAAAGAAAGCCAUAAGGAUAGGCACAGGGAUGGCCAGAAGGAUAGCCGUAGUGAUGGACACAGGGAUAGCCGCAGAGAUGGACACAAGGAUAGCCGCAGUGAUGGACACAAGGAUAGCCGCAGUGAUGGACACAAGGAUAGCCGCAGUGAUGGCCACAGGGUCAACAGGCACGGUGAUGGCCAUAGAGAAAGACACGGCGACAGUUAUAGAAGCAGUCACAGAGACCACGAAAGGAAAGGUCACAGGGAUGAGUAUCGGGAAAGGAGUCGCGAGAGAGACCACAGAGAUGAACGGAGAGAGGACAGGAGCCACAAGCGUUCUCACGAUCACCAGUCAUCCUCAUCUCGCCAUGGGUCUGACAGCAGGAGUCGAAGUAAACGUAUGCAUCAGGAUCGUUGAGCAGCGUUACACGCUCCGACACUUUCCAUGUGUAAUAUACUCAUUGCAGUCGCAUUUCUCAAUCUUCAUUGUGAGUACAAUUGUACAAACUUUGACUGUCCUCUGCUGAAGCUUUGUGGGAUUGUUGAGCUCUCAUUACACAUUUGAAUAAAUCUUGUUGAAAUUUA